CGCAUCGCCAGCCGGAAACGGACAGCCAGCACCAUGGGUCAAGUUUCACUUGACCGAGGCAGAAUACAAGUGGCGCGGCCGCUACGGCUGCUGCUAUUGGUGCAACAACACCAAGCACAAGACGUCCCAAUGCCCGGAUCAAGGCAAGGAGGAUGUUCGGUCUCGUAUCAACUCGGGAAACUGAGUUCCGCGGGAGGUGAGGCGACUCCACCUCUCACUCCGCCAGCUUCGGCCGCCUUGGUAACGGCCUCCUACACAUCUGGGGAGGAUGCGAAUGUCACAAGUUCUCGGUACACUUACGAGGACUAUGUUGUCCACUCGGUCCCACCGUUGGACCAACCACUCCACGUGCAACAAUCCACUGCAUGCACGGUUUCACUACCAUCGGCAACCAAGUCGGAAGCUUCGCCGCCAUCUAUAGCCGGGGAUUCAACGACAUGGUCAAGACAUGAAGAGCUCGACCCGUUGACGUUUGCAGACUUCCAAUGGAUGCCCCUUCCCUGGUCCGGUCGAUUGCGGAAACCGCAUUGCAACGUGCUCAUGGCACAAUUGCGGGAUUACUUGCACACUGCAGCACCAACUCCGUUGAUGGACGUCGGAGUAGAGGUUGUGGACCUUCACGACUACAUUGCGAAGAUCGACCGCGAGUUCAAGACACAACGGUACGACGACAUCGACGCACCAUUCUUAUAUGUACGCAUUCAGAUCGGAGAGGCAACCUGCGGCGCUUUGAUCGAUUGCGGAGCAUCUCGCAACUACAUGAGCCAGGACUUUAUGGUACGCGCCGGCCUUGGCCCACGCGUCCGGAGGAAGUUCCAGCCUACGCAAGUCACGUUGGCAGACGGUCACACACACAAGUCAAUCGACCGGUGCAUAGAUGACGUCCUCGUGUACUUGGCCCCGCAUGCAAGCGAGGCGGUGUCCUUCGAUAUCUUGGACACCAAAUUCGACAUGAUCUGGGGCAUGUCAUGGCUACGAAGCGAGGAUCACCCGGUGAACUUCUACCGCCGCACCGUUCACGUUCGUGAUCGGAACGGAGUACUAGUCCCAUGCACGGUGCCUCCUCCUCAUGCUUCGAUCAUGUGCCACGUGGUGUCCACCGCAAGCAUGCGAGCUUCCAUCAUCAGAGACGACAUCGAGGAGAUGGGGGGGUGUUUUCUCCACGCCCUCCCGCCCCAUGACGCUUCAUCGACGGACUCAUCUUCGGACCCACGCAUCACCGAGCUUCUCGACGCCUACAGCGACGUGUUCGAAGGUCCGCACGGAGUAUUACCGGAUUGGCCCAUUCGCCACGAGAUCAUCCUCGAGGACAGGGUUGUACCUCCGCGUGGUUGCAUCUACCGUAUGAGCGAGGAAGAGUUAAGUGUGCUGCGGGCACAACUCGACGACCUUCUGGAGAAGGGCUGGAUUCGGCCUAGCUCAUUGUCAUACGAUGCUCCUGUUCUCUUCGUCCGGAAGAAGAACAAGGAUUUGCGGUUGUGCAUCGAUUAUUGCAAGCUCAACGCGCAAACGGUCAAGAACGUCGGCCCUCUUCCACACAUCGACGACCUCCUCGAACGGCUAGGCGGCGCCAAGUUCUUCUCCAAGCUAGACCUCAAAUUGGGAUAUCACCAACUCGAGAUCCGGCAGGAGGGCCGCUACAAGACCGCGUUUAAGACACGAUAUGGACAUUUCGAAUGGUUGGUUAUGUCGUUUGGCCUUACGAAUGCCCCAGCCACCUUCCAAGCAGCUAUGACAACGGAGUUCCGACACAUGCUGGAUCGAUUCGUACUUAUCUACCUCGACGACAUUUUGGUGUACAGUCGGAGUUUGGACGAGCAUGUGGAGCACCUGCGCACCGUUUUGGAGUGGCAACGACAAGCCAAGUACAAAGCCAACCACGACAAAUGCGAAUUCGCGCGGCAGGAGCUAGAGUACUUGGGACAUUAUGUGACGCCGCAAUGCAUCCGUCCGCUUGCGGACAAGAUCGAGGCCAUCCGUGUAUGGCCAGAGCCCACCAACACCACGGACGUUCGUUCAUUCAUGGGGUUGGCGGGCUACUAUCAGCGAUUCAUCACCAGGUACUCAAGGAUUGAUGCACCUAUGACGAGAUUACAAUCGCCAAAGGUGUCAUUCGUAUUCGAUGACGACACACGCCGGUCAUUCCAAGCACUUAAGACGGCCAUGCUCAUGGCACCCGUCCUUAGCAUCUAUGACCCCACCCUGCCUACGAGAGUGACAACUGACGUUUCCGGCUACGGCAUUGGGGCAGUCUUGGAACAACACGACGGUGACGACUGGCACCUUGUGGAGUAUUUCAGCCACUAAGUGCCUCCCAUCAAUUCGCUUGAUGAUGCAAGGAAGAAGGAGCUGCUCGCGAUCGUGAUGGCUGUCAAGCGA